GCUGCGGCAAGUUGGGGCUCCGCCCAUCCCUUGGCCCACUCCUCUGCCCCCGGCGAGAACCCAAGAAUCGACGGGGGCGAGAGAGCGCUAGGCGGCGGCGAGAGAGACUAGAAGAUGGCGGGGCCCGGCAGAAGCUGGCGGCACUGGGAUGCCCCCGGUGACGGCGCUGACCACAUCACCGUGCUCCCGCCGGAGCUCCGCGCGCGCAUCGCCGCCUCCCUCCCGUUCCGGCAGGUCGCGCAGCUGGCGACUCUGUCCCGGCCCUGGCGCCACAUCCACCGGCACACGCCCGUCGUCGAGCUCAAGCUCGAUGAGUGGGGCUCCGCUGCCGGCGUCCUCGACGAGGACGCCCUCGCCUGCCUGGAGCUCGCGCUCCUCCGCCGCGGGCAAGAGGGGUCCGGAUCCAGGGUGGGCACCCUCCGGGUCACCUUCGCGGUCGAGGACCCCCGCAUGAGGCGCCACGCCGGGCUCAUCAUCGCGCUCGCCGACGCGCGCAGGAUCCGCAUCACCGUCCCCGGAUUCGGCGGCUUCCCUCAGGUCGAGUGGUCCGUCGACCUGUCUCCGGCGGCGGUCGACCUGGAGGUCGAGGCGGUCUGCCACCUCACGCCCGCCAUCGCCGGGCCAGGCGCCGCCGCCCUGCAGAAGCUGUGCCUCGACACGGUGGUGGUCCCCGAGUGGCCGUCCCUUCCGUCCCUGCGCCACCUCGCGCUCCACAACGUCACCGUCCUGGCGCCGUUCCCGGAUGCCGCGCGGUGCCCGCGGCUCGAGCACAUGUGUAUCCUCGAGUGCUUGAUCGAACUCGCCUGCGUCCACAUCCGUCUGCCGCUUCUGAGGAGCCUCCGAAUGGACAAGGCCUACGGCGCCCCCUGCGCCACCAUCGAUGCCCCGGAGCUCGAGGAGCUCGACGUGAACUGCGGCGCGGGGUUCGCUGCCGCCGACUACCAGUCGUUCAGCCUGCGGGCGCCGCGGCUGCGCUGCCUGACAUGGAGCGAGCAGUUCGCGGAGCGCGUCCACAUCGACGUCGGCAGGCCGGGGAGCGUCACCUCGGGCCGGAUCAAGUACACGUGGAAGCGUGGGCUUGUCAGCUGCCGGGAGAUGGAGGACUUGCGGGCACAGAUGACGCGGAUGCUCGAGAGGCUCCUCCCGGAGCUGUCCCCGGAGGGCGUCGCCGAUGCCGCGAGGCCAUACAUUUCGCUGGACAAGUACACCAUGGAGGACCCUUACAGCGGGUCGGAGAAUGUUGGUGGAGAGUAUCUCCAGAAUGGGCUAACACCACAACAGUAAUGAAUGAGCACACCAAACCAAGUAGGGAGUGUUCUAUCUCUAUUCAAUGUGUCCCAUCAAUGAACAUUAUAGGGGGUAUUUAUAGGUGGCGUUACACCUCACA